AUGUCGUUGCAAUUCGUCGUAGGAAACAUUAUAAAACAACGUGCUCCAUUUAAAAGUCUGAUGCUGACUAAUAUGAAACAGUGUGUUUCGAAUGUCGGACUCAGAAAUACAAAUAGAUUAUGUAGAUCUGAAACAACUAAUUUUUAUGCAACACAUGUUCACGAUAAACGUCUCUCCUUGGACUUCUCUUCUGAAUCAGACUUGCUGACGAACACCUUUCGUUGUUAUUCACUAGACAGUCCAGAAUUUGACAAAGAACAAGGCUCUGUUUCCCGAUCCGAAACCGAGAAGAAUAAUCAAGGUCCAGUUCGAAUGAUAAUUACUGAAGAAGGCAAGCUUCAAGUCCAUAUAGUUAAUGAUGUUGUUAACAAUAAUAAUAAUGGUUUGGAGAAGUCAGUAGAAUCCAGAUUAAUAGAAUUUAUCGACAAUAAUCAAAUUGAGUGUGCUAUAGAAUUUCUACAUAAAACAGUCGAAUUGGGCAAACCUCCACAUCCUAAUGUUGCCAUAUUUUUACUUGAAAAACUUGGCAAGGAUGGCUCUGUGGAAACCAUUUUGCAUUUGCAACAUUUUAUUUUGGACAAAAAACUUUGCAGUGAAAUAUAUUUUUUGAGAAGUUUAACAAGUGCUUAUCAUGAAAGUGGCAGAAUUAAAGAUGCUAUACACUAUUUAAAAACUUUAUGUGAAAAUAACCAAGAUUAUUCAAAG